ACGCAAGUUAACGCGAGUUAAUCGACAUAGGAAUAAUCAUGCGUCAUCGAACUUUGACACAAAAUGACUCCACCCAUAAAUUUCGCCAUCUUUGUAUCUGAAACACAACAGGGAAGUAGUGACGGAUAAGGUUAAUUUAUUAACUUAUUUUCAGGAUUUUUGGGUUAGGCCUGUGUAAAGAGUUUAUACGCAAGAAUACAUGUAUAUAAACCAGAAAACUGUGGAGAUUUAAUUCCUACAGAAUGACAAUGGAGGAAGAGGAUGGGUCAUCAGUGGUCUCUCUUCCUUUACACGUUGUUGUAUUUCCAGUUUUAGAUGAGUUACAAAAAACUGACCUUGCUGCUGCCCAAACAUUGAGGGCAGCAUUAAACAAAGUGGAAAAGAAACAUCCAGGCUUUACGCAGGAUCUUGUGAAUGGCAUACUGAAGGCAAAGUCAGCUAAUGUGAACUUAACUGAAUGCCUUCUACGGCUGGCAGCUUAUGAUAGUGAAGAGUACAUGAUUAUGCGUCCAGAACCAGAGUUCAUUAAACUCAAUGAGCAGGCACACAAUUUGAAACACAUCUUGUCUAAACUUCCUGAUGAAAUUGAAAACAGACCAGCCUUUCUACAAAGAAUUAAGUAAGUUAUAG